UCCGCGCGGGGGAUUUGGACUCGCCGCCGGCCGGGCCGAGCCGAGCCGGGCCGAGCUGAGCCGCCAUGGCGCUGCCGCUGCCCGAGCCGCCCUGGCCGCACAGCCUCUCCCCGCUGAAGGCGGUGGAUGACUUGUUGCGCUGUGGGAUUUGCUUCGAUUACUUCAGCAUCGCGAUGAUCAUCCCGCAGUGCUCGCACAACUAUUGUUCCCUCUGUAUACGCAAGUUUUUGUCCUACAAAACUCAGUGUCCAAUGUGCUGUGUGGCAGUCUCAGAAUCGGACCUGAAAAAUAACCGGACGCUGGAUGACCUCGUGAAGAGCUUUAAUUCUGCAAGGCAGCAGCUGUUCCAGUUGGUCUUGGAUACUCCACAGAUUCCAUCUCCACUGGCUGAUGGCAGGCAUUCAGCUGGCAAAAGCCACGUUAGGAGUCCUGUGCCUUGGCCAGUUAUAAAAGAAGAAGCGCCAGUGAUUGACAGUUUCUUGAGAAAGGAGAAAGUCUGCACCUCAACAAAGGCAGAUGGCCUGACAGAAACAGAUCAGAGGGUUUUCAAAACCGAGGAGCACGAUAACCUUUACAGCAGUUCUGCAGAGGCUGAUGGUAAAGGCCAUAAAGUGGAAUCACAACAGAGCACCGAGUGCACGAAAAACCACGACAAGCCUUCGACAUCUGCAGUAAAAGUGAUCAAGAAGGUGGAAUGCCCUGUUUGUGAGGUUGCUAUUCCAGAGCAAUAUAUAAACAAGCAUCUGGAUAGCUGCUUGAUAAGAGAAGAGAAGAAGGACAGCCUCAGAAGUUCUGCUCACAAAAGGAAGCCUAUCUCUAAAGUCGUUUACAACUUGCUCUCUGAUCGCGAUUUGAAGAAGAAGCUGAAGGAACACGGUCUGUCCACCCAUGGCACCCGACAGCAGCUCAUCAAGAGACACCAAGAAUUUGUGCACAUGUAUAAUGCUCAGUGUGAUUCUCUAAAUCCUAAAUCAGUUGCAGAGCUUGUGAAAGAGCUGGAAAAGAAUGAGAAGAUUCGGGUUCAGCUUGAAUUUAAUAAAACCAGUGAAAAUAGCUUGACUUUCACAAAGGACCAGACAGAGAAAGAAAUAGAUGAGAUCCACGCUGAUUAUCGAAACAAACACAGAAGUGAAUUUAAAUUUUUGGUGGAUCAAGUAAACAAUCGGUGGAAGAAGAGUGGCAAGAGGAAACCAGACAGUGCUCAAAACAAAGAAGUCGUCAGUGUCAAAGAGCUGCCGGUGAGCACAGACCAUAGGGAAGAGUGUGAUGCAGCUACUGUCCUUGGAAACGCCCAGAUGCUCAAAACAGAAACUCCUCAUGGCAAAAGAAGUGAAUCUCCUUCCUCAGAGGAAGUCCAGAGAUCAGCCUCUCCUGAAUUCCCACUGUCAUCUGAAUCAACAAGCAGCUCCAGUUCAGACAUUCUGAGGGAUCUUCAAGAGCCUGAGACAUGUUCAGCAUCCUCUGACAACAGCGGUUUCCUGGGUCUGAGAGUUGACAAAAGAAAGUCGCGUCAGCCCCAAGUGCCAGGUAACAACCAGCUGCUUCCCAAGAGCAAGCGGAAGAGGAACUGAUGCUGCGUGAGGCUUGCACCCUGCAGCAGGCCUCGUGCUGAGAAACACAUCUUCUCCCAGCUUCCAGUGUAUCUGGGUGCUAAAUAAAAUGCUUUCUGCAGAGAUACGAAACUGCCUCACAAUAAGCAGAGCGGCGUGCUGACCGCUUGUGGCCGCAGCACUGCGGGACACCGACUGCCAGGUGGGGAUGAAGCGGCGUGCAGGGCCAGCUUUGCUGCCACUCACUCCCUCAGAACCUCCCUCUGCCCUCGUGGAAGCUUUGUAUUAAAACAGCACUUCUCUUGGGGUUGGGCAGAGGCUGCAGUUAGAAGCCUCGGCAGUGGGACAGGUGCAGGGGGAGCUGAGGAUGGGGCAGACUUCAAUUGCACAGAAAUGGGUUUUUGUCUCUAACUUUACUCAUUAGUAUGUGUCAUUGUUUCAGCUUAAAGGGAUUAAGUUUGAAAGAAAAUGGGAGCGUAGUUGGACAUUAAGUUCCAGCCUUAAAUGCUAACAUUAAAAAGUCUUACCUGUCCUAGAAGAUGGUGGAGUUUUGUGGUGAAAUAAAGCAAUACACGAAAAUUAAA